AUGGCAUCCGAGAAGAUGAUCGAGGUUCGAGUUGACAUGGAGGAGGGAGAACCACUUGGUGCAACUCCAAACGACAAACUGGUCAUCACCAAGAUUCAACCAGGAACUAUUGCCGAAGGAAAAUUGAGAAUCGGUGAUCAAGUGAAGGAAGUGAAUGGAGUCAAAUGCAAGGACUGCAAUGACUUCUUCCGUGCUCUUCGUUUCGCAGCCCCGUGUGCCAAAAUCAUCGUAAACCGUGAUGACAAGAAAGCUGAAGAGCUCGAAGCCCGUGUUCAUAUUCCUGCCGAUCGUGCCAAGAUCAUCCAAAGACGCGAAGGGUAUGUCUACGAGUUGGCUCUCUCGUCUGGGUUCAGAACGGCCCAAAGCUUGGAUUGGGAAUCAAACAUUUCCAGGUUGGCAGCAAACCGUGUUCUCGUGUCUCGCGUUGAUCCUGGAACAUUGGCUGAGAAGUGUCUGAUUCUUGGAGAUCACUUGUGUGACGUGGAUGGUGUUCCUGUGACUGAUAAGGAUGUCGCCAGAGAUCUUCUUGUCAAGAAUCUCCAAGAAAAAGGAAAAGUCACUUUUGUCGUUGAACGUCCUGAGUCCAUUGAUGCCAAACAAUGGGCUAAACAAGCUCUGGCUGCCAAUGUGAUGCAACCACCAUCUGUCCAAAUGAAUGACGAUGUCAAAAACAUUGCUGCCCAGUAUCGUCAGGCUCUUCCAGGAUUGAAAACUCCAUCCAAAAGUGCCAUGUCUACUGGACGUAGUGCUCGUCAGGUUCAGAUUGUUGAACAGACUCAGACCCACGAAAUCGGACAUGAUCACGAAGGAAAAGCUCUCAGAAAAGUCAAGUAA